CAUGCCGGGCGCCCGCGGCUGGCGGGCGGCUCGGCCAGGCUCGGCUCAGCUAGGCUCGGCCCGGUGAUGGCGGGGGGCGGGCCGGGCGCGGGGCGCUGGGGGCGGCGAGGCGCGGCGGCGCAGGCCCUGGCGCUGGGGCUGGCCGUGGCGCUGGCGCUGGCCCUCGCCUGCCUGCUGCUGCUGCGGGGCGCGCUGGUGGGGGCGGCGUCGCUGGGCGCGGCGGGGGCCUGGUGCGCGAUGCGGCUCGGCCCGCACGCGCCGCGCCCGCCCGCUAAGGCCGCCGCCAACGGUGGCCCGGCCGCCGCCUCGGGACGGCCCGGGAGGGCUCCGCCGCGCCGCCUCGGGGCUCCGCCGGCCGCCCCGCGCUGCCCUCCGCAGGCCCCGCGCCGCCGCUACCCGCUGCCGCAGGCCCGGAGCGCCGUGUCGGUGGGCCUGCCCGCCGCCUGCUGGGAGGGCUGCUCGCCCCGGAGCGCGCCCUGGGCCCGCCGGGCCGCCCCGCUCCGCAGCCCCGUCACCGUGAGGAUCGCCCGGCCGGCCGCCGGCCUGGCCCGCUCCCCUGCACUGGAGCAGCUGGUCUCGCCCAUGGCCUCCCCGGCCAACAGGAGCCUGGACCCAUGUGCAAAAGAGACUGUGCUGAAUGCCAUCAAGGAGAGCAGGAAGAGGGCUGUGGAGGAGGAGGAGGAGGAGGAGCAGGAUUUUGGGAAUGAUCAGGAGAGCAAGAGAAGGCGCCACGAUAGCAGUGGAAGUGGGCAGUCGGCGUUUGAGCCGCUGGUAGCCAAUGGUGCCCCUGCCUCUCUCAUACCCAAGCCUGGCUCUCUGAAGAGGAGCCUUGUCUUGCACUGCCUGGAUGACUGCUCAAACAAGAGGUCACGCACCUCUUCCAUGAGCUCCCUCAACAAUACAUACGCUGGUGGGAUCCCCAGCUCCAUCCGCAAUGCCAUCGCCAGUUCCUACAGCUCCAGCCGGGGCCUCUCACAGCUGUGGAAGAGAAGUGGUGUGAACGUGUCCCCACUGUCCAGCCCAGCGUCCUCCCGCUCCCAGACACCAGAGUGGCCUCUCAAGAAAGCCAGGGAAGAGGAGUUGUAUCGCUCCAAUGCUUCCACUCCGGUGAAAUUGGACAAGGAGCUGCAGACAGAGAAAGCAGUGGAGACGCCGGUGUGCAAGAAGCAGAAUUCCCUGAGCCCACCGUCCAUGUUGGGGAGCAGUGGGAAGCGCAAGCGGAAGAUCCAGUUGCUGUCAUCUCGCUGGGGGGACCAGCUGGCGCUGCCCCCGCCACCUCAGCUGGGCUACUCCAUCACAUCAGAGGAUCUGGAUGCGGAGAAGAAGGCGGUGUUGCAGUGGUUCAACAAAGUCUUGGAGGAUAAGGCUGCAGAUGCGGUCCCCAGCACCACUGCAGAGACUACGCCUGUGUCCAGGCCGCUGGCAUUCGCCAUGACCUCCCCAGCACCUGCGCCUGCCUCCACAGCUCCUGCCCUGGCCAGCACCAACUCACUCCUGGACAGCCUGAAGAAGAUGCAGAGCAGCCAGGCUGUGUCCAUGCCAGCAGACUCCACUGGAGCUGCAGUAGUGCCCCAGCCGCCUUCAUCAGCUGCACAGCUACCUGCUCCUGCUGUAUCGCUGGAGUCAAGUUCUCUGCCUGCCACCUCUGCUGACACCAAGCCUGUGCUCAUGUUGAGCGCGCCUGCCCCCACUGCCCCCUCUGCCUUGGGGGUGCAGGCCACCAGCAGCCUGGCACCUCCUGCAUUCACGGAGCUGGGCCAGACCCCCAGCAAGCCUCCCUCCUUCCCAAAGCCAAGCAUCCUUUUUGGGAUGGCAAACACCCCUCCUGUCAGCCAGCCGGCAAUGACUGUGGCCGCUGCUGUGCCCACCACCGCUGCUGUGCCCACCACCGCUGCUGUGCCCACCACCGCUGCUGUGCCCACCACCACCCCUGUCUUCAAACCCAUCUUUGGCACUUUGCCGAAAAGCGAGAGCACAGCACCCUGUACAGCUGUCGUCUCUGCCACAGUCAUCGUGUCUGCAAGCUCAGGCCCUUCCUCAACAUCCUCCACCACCACCAUGUUCAAGCCUAUCUUCGGCAGUGUCACUACAGCAUCAUCUCCAGCAAAGGCCUCUCCUUUUGCCUUCAAACCAACAUCACAGCCGGCCGCAGCUGCAGACCUGUCAGCAGCCUCUACGACUACCCCGCCAGGAUUCACAAGUCUCCCCAGCGUCAUCUUCACCACCGCAGCUACGACUGCCACCAUGCAGAGUUCCUCCACAGAUGCCACCAUCAAGCCCGUCUUCAGCUUUGGACUCAACCCGCCCACCUCCACUGGCCCCACUGCCAGCCUGACUGUCACCACUGCCACAUCCACUAGCACGUCGCAGCCCUUCCUAUUUGGGGUCCCAGCCAGCUCAGCUCCCAGCACAGAAACCAGCUUUGCCACCCCAGGGCCUGUGUUCCAUUUUGGAAAGCCACCUCCAGCCACAGUCACCGCCACCACCAGUGUCCCAGGAUGCCCUGCCUUUGGCCAAGCACCUUCAAACUCAACAGCUCCAACUACCACUGUGGGCUUCAGCAUAUUUGGGGGCACCACACUGACCUCUUCUACCCCAACCACCUCAAGUCAAGCGACACUGACGUUUGGCUCCUCCGUUUCAGCUUUUGGCAGUUCCUUCAGCACAAGCGCGAAGCCGCCACCGCCAUAUCCCAGUGCAGCGAGUCAGCCCGCCUUCAGCACCAGUGCUGCGGAGAGCCAGCUGCCCGCCAGCAAGCCUGCUGGCCCCGUCAGCUUUGGCCCCCCGUUCAGUUUUGGAGCCCCCACGGCCCAGUCCGCUGCUCAGCCAACAUUCGGCAGCAGUGCUCAGCCAGCCUUUGGCACGGCCAACGCCCAGGGCUCCUUCGGCACCAGCAGCACCCAGGCAGUGUUUGGGACCACCACGUCAGUCUUCUCUUUCGGGACAGCCACCUCCACCACAGCCAGCUUCGGUUCCACCACCCAGACCACAAGCAGCAGCACUGGCACCACUGUCUUUGGCACCACCCCCUCUCCUUUCACCUUUGGGGCAACCGCCCAGCCAGGCCCCUCCGCCAGCACCUUCGGGAUCGGCACGCCGGCCCUGAGCAGUGGCUCUCCCGCAGUAGCGUUCAGCUUUGGGGCUGGGCAGAGUGGGGCAGCCCCAGCAGCAACACCGUUCGGCUCGUCCCUGACGCAGGGCACGCUGGGCGCGCAGAAUCAGAGCAUGCCCUUCGCCUUCACCGUGCCCAGUACGCCCAACAGCAAGCCUGUGUUCGGAGGAACUCCUGUGCCCACCUUUGGGCAAAGCACGCCUGUCCCGGGAGCGGUGGGGAGCGGAAGCAGCAGCCUUUCCUUCGGGACACCCAGCGCUCCUGCCUCGGGCUUCGGAGGAGUCGGUGCUUCCUUCGGUUCGUCCACCCCUGCCUUUUCCAUCGGGGCAGGAUCCAAGACGGGUACUCGCCAGCGGCUGCAGGCACGGAGACAGCACACCCGCAAAAAGUAACCUCUGGUGCUGCUGGCCCCCUGCCGCUGGCCUGCGAAAGGAGCCCCUGCACCCGUGUUGGGGGCUCCAGUCUGGAGCAGUCCCCGUGGCGGGACCCGUGGCGAUGGGGCCAGGCCCCUGUCUCUGGUGCCAGCUGGAGACCGUGCUGGGUGGCAGCGACUGGGGUGGGACGGGACAAACCAAACUCUUCUUACUUGAACAGUUCCACAGCGAAGGCUGGAUGAACCUCUGUACAUAUCUGCAGUGUUUCCUCCCUCACUUUAUUUUGCCAUGUCUCACAAUGUGUAAAUUUUUCCCCAUUUGCUUCCAUUAGCUGUUCCUGUACCCUCCUCCCCAGCCCCCUGAUAGUCAGCCCCCUGCCCCGCGGCACAGCAGCUGGCAGAGCCACACAUGCCUGGCUGGAGCCGUGCCGUGUUCCUCCCGGCUGCGGUUCCAGGCUUUCCCCACUGUUACAUCCUGCGGCCUGGUGAACCGCUCCCUCUGGAGCUCCGUUGCCAUCCCUGCAGAACACGAGAUGGGGUUAGUGCCAGCCUGGUGCGGGUGCCUCGGUGCCAUGAAUGACCAGCCUGGCUUCUGCAGCUGGGUGACGACCACCUCGCUGUGACUUAAUCUCCCAUCAGACCUCUGGCCGAGGACAUGCUGUGGCCUGGGGCCUUGGCUGGCGGCAUUGGGUGGGACAGGGGGUCCUUCCACCUCUCUUCUGGCUGCUGAGCAGCUCCCCCGACCCUCGCUGCUCCAUGCUGGGCUGCGGGCUCCCCCUGCCCUGCUCGUGUAAGGCCCCCCCCCCCCCCCCCCCGUUUUGCUUUAUUCGUGCUCCUAUUUCAAUGCGCUCAUUGAAUCGAGUUUGGAGGAAGAACUGAACCGUGUGCGUGGCGGCAUGUUGGUUAUGCCGGAUUUGCUGUUUAGAGUUUCUUUUUCUAGGGGGUGCCCGUCCCUUUGCGGGGGGACGCGCCCUGGCUAAUUGGGUGUUGACAGUAGCAUCACUGCGUGGCUGCUCGUGGCGGGGGAGUUGUCCCUUUGUUGUUGUGACUGAAGGCAGGCAGCCGGGGUGGGGGGGAUGGGGCCUGGCCCCCCCCCGGGGCGGGGGCUCCAGCCAUGGCAGUCUCUCCCCUCCCCUUCCCCUCUCUCCUGGUGUCCCUUCCCCACCUUGGGGUGCUUUGGAGCCGCUAACGGAAGGAGUCCAGAGCGAUGGGUUCCCUUCCCCCUCCCCAAAUCCAAUUUGUUUUUCAUUUUUAACUUGUCCCUGUCCUUUUGGGUUUUACCAGCUCCUAGGAGCUACGGUGCUCCCUCCCCUGUUCCCAGCCAGCCAGGAGCGGGCCGGGGAGCUCCUACGGGAGGAGACUGCCAGAGCCAGGGGUCACCCGAGAGCUGCCCCCCACCCUGCCUCAGGCGAGACACAGGCAUCUGUGCCUGUGGGCUCCCCACCACUUCCAGGAGUGCUUUGCUGCCAGGUUUUUUACUCUCUGAGCCGUGUGAGUGUGUGUGUCUGCCGAAGUCUAAAUUAAAAAAAAAAAAAAGAAAAAAAGAAAAAAAAUCACAAACAAAUAUUUAAACAUUUUUUAACAAUAAAAAAUUUAUUUUUAUAUUUAAGCUAAAUUGCCUUUGAAUUCCUUCAAGCUUGGUUCAGUGAGUUUGCCAGCCCCUGCCGUGCUGUUUGUAGUGUUUAGCUGUGCUGUCGCAGCCUGGUGAGGAGCCGACCUGUGCCCCGGCUCUGCCCGCUGGAACGCGCUGUGCUGGGGAAAGGCAGCUAUGUCCUACGGGCAGAGCCGCUGCACGCGUCUCCUGGCCUGGAACAUCUCCUUAGUUUUAAAAUGUGAUGUAUGUGGAUGUGACUAAACCAUUUUUUUCUUUUUUCCCCCUCUGAGGAUGAGGAGCAGGAGCUCUUGCACGUUACAGUGAUGAGCGGUUUUCUUGUCUGCCAGCAACAAGGUGUCUCUCCUAGCAGGCAAAAGGAGGGUGGGCAAGGGCGCGCUGUGCACCGCCAAGGGGACGUGGCCCCGUCACGGGUGGGAGCGGAGGCCGUGCAGGGUUUCUAGCCUUCCCCUGCCACAAUGGCGAGGGGCUGCUGCAGGCUGCGAGCGCAGGGCAGACUCGUGUGGGAGCUGGCCUGGGCAAACAUGUCCGCAGGGUUUGAGAAAGUGGGUGAAAAGGAGUUAGUGCCCACGAGGGCUGACCCUGCCUCGGGCAGGGUGCUGAGCCAGGGGAGCAUCUGCUCCCCGGGCCCCGUGGGUGGCCAUGGCACAAGGCAGGACAGCACAAGGGAGCUGCAGGCUGGGCUUUGGCCAGGUCAGUUCCAUCAAGACCUGUGCGGCAGAGGGAGAUGGGGAUGAGCUGGGUCCGAGGCACGGGCACACUGGGGAGCACUGGCUGUUGGUGCUGCCCCAGGUAGGUCCCAAGUGCCCGCCCCUGCAAGGAGCCAGGCUGUGUCCCUUCCCCGCUGCACAGCCCUUGCCGGGAGAGACCUGUGUGCCUGUGCUGCCGUACAUGGCUGGGGGAAGCUAGGUUUUUAACUCAGACUGAAGACUUGGAUCAUUCCUGGUGUGGCUGAUGAGGAUUUCCGUGUGAAUGUGCAAUUUUUCUUUGUUUGGUUUUUUUUUUUUCCCUUGCUUAUGUCCCUCGUUUAAAAUAAAAAAAGACUGUGUUCAA